GCUCGCCAACCCCCGAGCCGCGCCGCCUCCGGCCUCCUUCCCCUGCAAGCUAUCCUCCCCUUCCGCGCCCCUCCAAAAAACUUCCCCCAACUCCCCCGCCCGCGCAGUCGCGCACCCUUUCCAAACCCCAAACCCCUCGCGCCCGUCACGCUUUCCGCGAUGCCCCAAACCCGUUCACGCGCCAAGGCGGCGUCGCCGCCGGAGGAGGCGGAGGCGGCGGCCGGUACCCCGCAGCGCACACCCGCGCCGUCCCCGUCCACCUCCCUCCGCCUCGGCAUCGGCCCCGCGUCCCCCGGCGACGACAGCGCCGGAUCCUCGCUCGACCGCAAGAGACCCGUCGCCGCGCCUCCCCGACACAGCCUGCGCCUCGCGGGCGUCGCCCUCCGCCUCGGCCUCGGCCCCGCCUCCCCCGACGACGAUGACGUCGGCGCGGGAUCCCCCAACCUCAGUCCCCCCGCCGCCGCGCCUCUCCGACGCAGCCUGCGCCUCGCGGGCGCCGCCGCGGGUAGUAGUUCCUCCGGGUCCGGGUCCGGGUCGGGCGCGGGUGAGAAGAGCACGGGGAGGGUUCGCCGUGCUCGAGUCUCCGCCUCUUCGCUUGCUACUACCGUCUCGCCGAGGACUGGGAACUCCAGUAGCGAUGGCGGCGGGUCGGGGGCGGAUAGGGCUUUGGCGAGCGGCGAUGGUUCUGGCGGUUCGAAUAUGUUCACGACCCUGCGGUCACUGUCUCGGAUCGGGAAGCGGCCGAUGGAGGCGGGCGGGGAGGUGGGGGUUGGGUCCUCUCGUCGAGGCCAGGUGCACGACGAAAUGCUGCACCCGGACGUGGGGACGCCAACGAAGCGGUACAAGACCAUAUUGGUUGGGGGAGUGCAGACAGAGUAUGUUUCUGAUACAGAGAGCGAUCCUGAUGAGGAUUGCGUGAUGCUGGGUCCAAGUUGGACCAAACCGAAUCCUGCUGCUAUGAACAUAGAUAGGACUGAGAAGGGGGAUAUGGAUGAUCCUGCCAAUGCAAGCAAUGAGGAGUCUCUGCAGACGCAUAAUCUGUUAGGGACGGCAAAUGGUGGGGUGGUUGAGCAAUUAGUAUAUCCUUCAGGAAGUAGUUUUGAAGCAAAAGUCUCUGCAGAUAUGUAUUUCAAGGAAGAUUUGAGCCAAUACAGUUCUAGAAAGGAAGUCAAAGUGAAGGAGAAGCUUGUCUUGGGGAAUAACAAUUCUCGUGCUGAUGCUAAUGUGGGCCGUGCAGUCGGUACCAGUUCCAGCAAAUUCAAUCCUGAUAGCAAAGGAAAGGGGAAGAUGGUUGUAGAAGAUAGUCUAUCAUCUCUGAGCUCAAUUGAGGACAAGCCAGAUUUCGUUGCAGUGGAUUCCAAAGAGAUUCAGCUCAACUCAGGAUCAGUUUCUGCUUCUAUGGAGUCACUUCGCAGACAAUCAGCAAAAGAGAGGGCUAUCAGGCUGGCCCCUAAAUUUGCAUUCGUCAAAGCAGAUAAAGAUGAGCAUAGAGAAGAAGAAGAAGAAGAAGAAGAAGAGCUAGAGCCUGUUCCUGACGCUGACGCUCAGGACUGGCCAGGCCCAUUUGCAACUGCUGCAAGGAUAUAUGAAGAAAGAGAAGCUAAGUUGAGAGCUCGAGAGUUAAAUUCUUCAAAGGUGGGCAAGUCUGCAAAUAGGAUCAUCCUUUGGUCGCCUUCAAAGGAUAGGAAAAAUCCAGCACGAGCUCAGGGCCCGUCACUUACAAGCUUAUGCUUAAACACCCUUGCAGAACAUUCUGAAUGUAUCGAAUCACUUGGAGGUAUCCCAGAGGAGCUAAAGCAAAAGCUGUUAAAGAUUCUGUGUCAUUCCAGGAAGAUGAAUACUCAUCUUCUCCUUGAACUACUGUGUGACAGUCCUACAGAACUGCAUCUCAGUGAGUGUUCAUGGCUGAGUGAGGAUGACUUUGAGAAAGCUUUUGGGAAAUGCAGCACUGAAAGCUUGCAGGAUCUACAGCUUGAUAUAUCUGGGAGAUGCAUGCCUGACUACAUAUUGCCAACUACCUUAGCUAAGGUUCCUAACUGCAUGCCAUUGUUGAGAAAAAUAUCUCUUAAGGGAAAUUAUCGGCUUUCUGAUAAUGGUUUAGGCACAAUCAUCUCUGCUGCACCUUCUUUAUCCUCCCUAAAUCUGUGCGAGUGUUCUCUUCUCACUUCAUCUGGAAUCGAUAUUCUUGCAAACAAGUUACAUUCAGUUCUUAGAGAACUGUAUAUAGAUGACUGCACAAACGUGGAUGCUAUGGCGAUUCUUCCUGCUCUACAGAAGAUUAAUCGUCUAGAGGUUUUGUCAAUGUCUGGAAUACAAUCAGUGCGUGACAAGUUCAUUAAGGAGCUCAUUCCUGUUCAUGGUUCAAAUCUGAAGGAGUUAGCAUUUGCUGGUUGCUUGGAACUUACCUCAUCUUCCAUCAAGACUAUUGGGGAAUACUGUAAAGAAUUAACUUCGUUGGACCUCCGCAACUUGGAUAGGCUGCGUGAUUCAGCAAUGAGGCAUCUUCGCGGUUGUAGGCUAAUAAGGAAACUAAAGCUUCAAAGAAAUGCAUUCAGUGAUGAAGCUGUGUCUCAAUAUUUGGAAGAAUCUGGAGGAUGCCUGACUGAGUUAAUGCUAAACAAUGUUAAGAAGGUUGGAGACCUUACUGCCCUUGCAAUUUCUCGCAAAUGUUCUGUUCUAUUGGAGGCCCUGGAUCUUUCCUUCUGCCGUGAACUGACAGACGAAGCUUUGGGGCUGAUUGUGGACAGCUGCCCAUCAUUGAGGAUUCUUAAGCUAUUUGGUUGUACCCAGGUCACGGAUUUGUUCCUCAAGGGUCACUCAAACACAUCGGUCAAAAUCGUCGGAAUAGAAGGGAGCAUACUAGUGCAAAUGGAUAACCGUUAGUUUGUGUGGAGAACGACACUACAUUCUCCUCACCAUUCAGUUACCUUUUUUUCCGAAACGAGGGAACUUUCCCAUUUUCAUUGAAUGAACAACGGAAACCGUUCAUACAAAGAGUUUGAAGAACAGAUAGAGAACUAGACAGUCGCAUAGCUCUAUAGAAAGAGACUACAGAAACACGAAGCGUACGAAAACUACAGCUUGCCAACACAUCAUAUUGAGAGCACCAGCAAAAAAGCCAAGGUUGAUUACACAAAAGCUUAAGCAAGCGACACACAGCCUUCCUCAGGAUAGUUUCUUGCAAAAAACCAAACAUCAUUCUGUCUCCAACAUCAUCUUGAUUACUUCUGUCCAUCCGGCUUAUCAUCUUGGUCAGUUGGCUUGUUGUUCUCUAGAGAGCGAUGCUUUUGAGCUACCAUUCAGUUACCUAGCUUAGGUUUCGAGGCAUCAAGGUGCACAAUGUGGCUGCAGCAUCAAGUGGGGAAUAUUUUGUCAACCAGUGAACCUACCUUGCUUAUACCAGUUAGCCAUGUAGAGAACUUUCUUGAAAUGCUUUGUUUUUCUCGGUUAAUUUUUUUUGAAAGGUUUCUCGGUUAUCUUGAAGCAGUGGAAAAUCUGCUGCUACAUCAUGCAAACUAUUGAUAGAAUAUUUUUAUUUGUUAUUAGAUGGUCAAGAUUGGAUAUUCAGAUUAUUGUUGUUUCUGAAGCAUAUGCGUUAGCUUACUUUGAGCCAAAUUAUAAAGAGCACCUCAUUUCUCGAA